CAGUGGGCGGGCGGGAACGUGAAGUUUCCGCGGUGCCUGAUGGGGCUGUUCCGAGGCCCGAAGCUGUUGCCACAGGGAGACCACUCGUUACUGCUGCCGCCUUCUCUGCCGCCUCAUGGCGGCCAUCGGAGUUCACCUUGGCUGUACAUCAGCCUGCGUGGCCGUCUAUAAGGAUGGCCGGGCUGAUGUGGUUGCAAAUGAUGCAGGUGACAGAGUUACUCCAGCUGUUGUUGCUUACACAGAAAAUGAAGAGGUUGUUGGAUUGGCAGCAAAACAGAGUAGAAUAAGAAAUAUUUCAAAUACAGUAAUGAAAGUAAAGCAGAUCCUUGGCAGAAGCUCUGAUGAUCCACAGGCUCAGAAAUACAUCAAGGAAAGUAAAUGUUUAGUCAUUGAAAAAAAUGGAAAGUUACGAUACGAAGUAGAUACCGGAGAAGGAACAAAGUUUGUUAACCCAGAAGAUGUUGCCAGACUGAUAUUUAGUAAGAUGAAAGAAACAGCACAUUCUGUACUGGGCUCAGAUGCAAAUGAUGUAGUUAUUACUGUUCCAUUUGAUUUUGGAGAAAAGCAAAAAAAUGCUCUUGGGGAAGCAGCCAGAGCUGCUGGGUUUAAUGUUUUGCGGUUAAUCCAUGAACCAUCUGCAGCUCUUCUGGCUUAUGGAAUUGGACAAGACUGCCCCACUGGAAAAAGCAAUAUUUUGGUUUUUAAACUUGGAGGAACAUCCUUAUCUGUCAGUAUCAUGGAAGUGAACAGUGGAAUAUACCGUGUUCUUUCAACGAACACUGAUGAUAACAUUGGAGGUACACAUUUCACAGAAACCUUAGCACAGUACCUAGCUUCGGAGUUUCAGAGAUCCUUCAAACAUGACGUGAGAGGGAAUGCCCGAGCCAUGAUGAAGCUGAUGAACAGUGCUGACAUUGCAAAGCAUUCUUUGUCAACCUUGGGAAGCGCCAAUUGUUUCCUUGACUCACUGUAUGAAGGUCAAGAUUUUGACUGCAACGUGUCCAGAGCAAGAUUUGAACUUCUCUGUUCUCCACUUUUUAAUAAAUGUAUAGAAGCAAUCAGAGGACUCUUAGAACAAACUGGAUUUACAGCAGAUGAUAUCAACAAGGUUGUCCUUUGUGGAGGGUCUUCUCGAAUCCCAAGGCUACAACAACUGAUUAAAGAUCUCUUCCCAACGGUUGAGCUUCUGAAUUCUAUCCCUCCUGAUGAGGUCAUCCCUAUUGGUGCAGCUAUUGAAGCAGGGAUUCUUAUUGGGAAAGAAAACCUUUUAGUGGAAGACUCCCUUAAGAUAGAGUGUUCAGCCAAAGAUAUUUUAGUUAAGGGAGUCGAUGAAUCAGGAGCCAACAGUUUCACAGUAUUAUUCCCAUCAGGGACUCCUUUGCCAGCUCGAAGACAACACACAUUACAGGCCCCUGGAAGAUUAUCUUCAGUAUGCCUUGAACUCUAUGAGUCUGAGGGAAAAAACUCUGCAAAAGAGGAAGACAAGUUCGCACAGGUUGUACUCCAGGAUCUAGAUAAAAAAGAAAACGGAUUACGCGAUAUAUUAGCUGUUCUUACAAUGAAAAGGGAUGGAUCUUUACAUGUGACAUGCACAGAUCAAGAGACUGGAAAAUGUGAAGCAAUCUCUAUUGAAGUGACAUCUUAGUGCUCUAGAGAAACCCGGAGUUUUUUAAGAACUAGACUAUCAAUAUUCUUUGGUUUUGUUUACAAGUGAUGUUUAUAUUAAAAUACUUUUUGAAUGAAUUGUAUAUGUUUCUAUUAAAAUACAAUAUAUUAGUAAGUGCUGCAACCUUUUUUUGUUUUCCAUUUAAGAUGGGAAAUACAAGGUCCUUUAUUAGUGGGAAACAUAAGGAACUUUUUCUGUCAUGAAGCCAUUUAGAAUUAAAUUGAGUGAAUUGAAGGAAAUUUUACUGGAAAUUUAACAAUGUUUUUAAAAUUUUGUUCUAUAACUUUAAAUUUGAAGAAGUCUCAUUAUUUCUUACUAGAUAAUGAAAUAGGAACAAUUUACAAGUGUUUGAUAUUAAAUAAAAUUGGAGUCAUGUGCAAAGUAAGAAACAAUUUUUGCUUUAAAAGAAAAAAAAUUCACAAACUCAACAACUGUGCAUAGAUAUGUGUGUGACAAGCAUAGAAAACAAAAGUCUAGAGGGCUGCCCACCAAACUUGUAACAGUGGCCUUUUUAUGGACAGAAAUAUUUUAGGGUGGCACUUUCACUUUUCCUUUUUACAAUUUUGUUUAGUGUGACUUUUUCUCUCUAACAAAUACAUUUUAUCUUUUGAAAUGAAAUGAUCCUUUUUUAUUUUGAAGAGAAGGCUAGCCACAUUCUGUUUAUCAGAGAACACUCAUUAGUGCAUUGAGAUACUCUGUGGAUUACUAAUGAAACGCUUAGUCAUUAAAACAAGACAACUAAUCUGUAUAUAUUGAAAAGAGAGUUGGAAAGUGAGCAGUGCACAUGAGAUUCUAUUAUCAAGAGAGGAUUUUCCAUUCAUUUCUCUCCUUGGUUCCCAGGAGACUUGAGAAGAGGAAGUAUCUUUACCCAGUGGUAAAAUUAAAACUUGUGCUGUUUUUAUUUUGUUUAGGCUUUGUGGGUGUGCUUUAUUCAUUAUAGUUUAUUUUUAUGGAGCUUUGUGGCAGUAAUAUUCUAUUUCUAAAGAUACAGAAACCAAACUUAAAUUUUUUCAUGAUGAUUCUGUAUCAGAUUACUGACAGAAUCGAAAAGAAUUCAGGUAUGAUUCUGAGUCCACAAAGCAGACUCAAAGGCAUACCCUUUUGAUUAAGUCUGAGUACUUAGUUAUUUUUUAGGAUCUUUUCCAGUUAUUAAAAACUUUUAAGCCAAAUAAAUAAAUAAAUGCAAAUUAAAUGUUUUUAGGAAAUAGGAAAGUAACAUCCCAACUAGUUGAACAGCUUUCAGUAUGCUUUAGAAAGUGCUUUUGGAUUUUAUUUCAUAGUUACUGUUAGCUCUUUAAACUAGUUACUGUUAGCUCUUUAAACUAGCUCUUUAAACUAGAUGGCACUGGCGAUGGCCAGUGCCUCAGUCCUAUGCCAUUCCUAUUUUUGUAAAUAAAAUUUUAUGAGAAUAUCA